UUAAUUUUCUUUUCAUUCUAGAUUGGAUGAAUCGAUGAGCAUCCACGAUACAUGUCAUGAGGCAAAUGCGCUAGUGAUCUAGUGAGCUAGAACUGAGUUAUUAAUACAUUCAGAGCUAGUGUGAGUUAGUGAGACAUUCUAUCGGUGUGAAUGAUAUAUAUCUUUUAUAUCACUCAGGAGCUACACAUCUCUAUGUUAUUGAUUGUCUCCUCUGACAAUAUUUUCAAAUAAUAUAAUUUGAAAUUAUUUCAAAAUGUACCUAUACUUAAACUGCAAUAUAUUUUGUGAGCUUAUUUACGAUAAAAGAAAAAACGGGAACUGAUUCGAUUAUAUCUUAAAUACGAAGAAUUUCCAAACAUUUCAAUCAUGAAUACUGUGGGCAACAGAAUAACGUACAAAAGAAAACGGCCAAAUCCGAUGUUCCAGGAGUGGCUCGAAGAGUUACACGAGGAAGCCAAGGAAAAAGGCAGUAAACUAGAGCCGAUGCUAAGAGAAGCAUUAGACUCCCUCUCUAAGUAUCCUUUACCGUUAAAUUCGGGAGCAGAAUGUGCUAUACUGAGAGGUUUUCAAAAGAAAUUAUGCAUAUUCUUAGAUAAACGGUUAGAAGUUUACAAUAGUAAUUUGAAUGACUGUAAAGAUGAAGAAUGUAUCGCAACACAUGGUGAAACAUUAAGUGAAGAUAGUUCUAGUGAAAAAGAUCUGAAUCUACACUCGAGCGAUGAUGACUUAAAAGAUAAAAAUAAAUAUCUACCUUUAGAACUUAAUGUGGAUACAGUCGAUCUGAGUAUAAGUUCUGAAUGUUCUUUAAGCCCUAGUUCAUCUGCUUUUGAUAGUUUAAUGAAUAGUUACAAACUAGAUUGUUCUAUCUCCAAAACAAAUUCUGAGCAGCUUGAAUGUGUUUCUCCAAUAAUAGCUAGUCCCUGUUCAAGAAAUGAUGAUGUAAAUAAUUUUAAUUUUGAAGGCAAUUUAAGUAGUCAAAUGAAAAAACAACCUAAAUGUUACAAACCUGUAUAUAGAUCUGGUAGUUAUGCAAUACUAAUAGCAUUGCUAGAUAACUUUAAAGAAAAUCAAAUUAAACCUUUGUUAACCAAGGAACAGUUAAUUGAGAGAGCUCAACCACACUGUGAAGAGUCUUUUGUGAGGCCAAAACCAGAUACAUACUACACAGCGUGGUCAAGUAUGAGUAAGCUGAUAACAAAAGGUUUAGUAAAUAAAACUGUAAAGAAAAAAACAUAUUAUAAUUUGACUGAAAAUGGGAUAAAAUUAGCUAGUGAUUUAUUAAAAGAAUCUAUAAGAAUACCUACUCUGAAUGAUAUUAUUUUUAAUGAUACUCCACAAGUAUAUGCAUCAUCAAACAGUGGUAGUUCAAAAAAUAUUUCAGCAUCCUCACCAAUUACUGUAUCACCAAAUAAUAAUGGCUUAAAAAGUAAUAGCUUGGAACCAUUAUCAAUUGCUGCACCAGUAACUUCAUUAGUCAGUACUUCAUCAAGCUUUAAAAGCUUAAAUGAAAAAAGUUCACCAAUUACAUCAUCAAAUAUGAGUAUUUUAGAGAAUAAUGAUUUCAAUUUAUCACCAAACAAUUCAUUAACAAACAUUGAUAGUAUAAAGAAAUGGACAUCAUCACCUAUGGCUGUAACAGUGCACCUUGAAAAUUCUUCAAAUAAAUUUAGUUCAACAGCAUCACGAUCCGGAGCAUCGAUUAUAGAUAGCCCAAAGAAGAAUACAUUAGCUUCAUUUAUAGAUUCUGCAUCUGUUGAUAAGCAAAAUAAAUCUAGUUCAAGUCAAUUAUUUAGUAAUGAUUGUUUGAAAGAUACUUCAAAAGGGUCACCUGUUGUUGAAUCAUCAAACCAGGAUCAGGAUACACCAGGAUCAUCAUCUGCUUGUAGCUUAGAAGAUACACUUUCGAACAUUGCAAUAGAAUUUCCAAAAGGGUCUUUUGAUGUAAUACUUCUAAUUGAUAAGAAUGAAACAAGUGGGCUAUCUAAGAAAAAUGAUCCGACAAUGGUUCAGUUUAAAAAGUUCCCAGAUCUCAAACACGAAUAUAGAAGUUUAAAAGUUGGUGAUUUUUUGUGGAUUGCUAGACAUCGUGUUAACAAUGAAGAACUUGUGCUGCCGUAUAUAAUAGAACGGAAGAGAAUGGAUGACCUCGGCGCUAGUAUAAAGGACGGGCGUUUUCACGAGCAAAAAUUUCGAUUGAAGAAGUGCGGACUGAAGCACGUUAUUUAUUUGAUAGAGAACUACGGUAAAAAUAAACAUGUAGGAUUGCCUUUACAGGCAUUGAGACAAGCCUUAGCCAAUACGAAGGUUCAAGAUGGAUUCAAAAUUCACAUGACCGACUCAUUAACUCAUUCCACUAGGUUUUUGGCUAUGAUGACUAAAAGGCUCACUUUAGAGUUUAAGGAUCAAAGUUUAGUAGGCUCUAACCACGAACAGAGCCCCACAAAACUAAUGACGUAUGAAUACUUCAGCAAAACAUCAAUGAAAACAAAAAAAAUGAGUGUAAUGGAAACUUUUGUUAAAAUGCUAGUACAAUUAAAAGGAAUGUCAUUAGAAAAAGCAUUAGCUGUAACUAAUAAAUUUAAGACUCUUAGAUCCAUUAUAGAAGCGUAUAAACAAUGUGGCCAAAGGGAAGGUCAGCUUCUAUUAGCGAAUUUGAAAUAUGGUGAUCUGAAUCGUAACGUAGGUCCGACCGUCAGCAAAUCUGUUUACGAUUUGUUUACAGAAAGAAGUUCGGAAUAACCUUUUGUUUGUAAUACAUUUAAAUGUACAUAUAGUGUAAAUAAAAUAAAACCAAUUUUUCAA